AUGUGAAGAUUGCCCUUGUAUUAAGGGCAAUCUUCACCUUGUAUUAAGAUUAAUCUCAAUUUUAAAGUCAUUUGUAUUAAGGGAUUGCCCCCAUUUAUGAGUUUUUUACCAUACAAGUCCUUGGUUACGUUAGUACAUUCUAGUUGCAUGUAAUGGCAUGAACUGCAUGUUGCCUUGUGCAAUGUAGACUGAUUGGUAAGGAUGCACAAGUGGACCUUCAAUGACUUGUACAUCCCAGAUACAAGGCGAGGAUCAUUGAAUUUUUCUCAAAGGUUAAUUUGUUUUAUGAAACCAGUAGGACAUUCUUUUACUUUUGUUGAAGUUGACAUUUCUUUAUUUGUUCAUUAGCUUAAAUAUUUGGUAUUUUUUAUGUUUGUUAUCUUUCCAGAGUGGGAUUACCAAGCAGUAGGGAGUUAUUUGAUGCUAAAUUGGAGAAGAAAAUUUACAGGAUUAUUACUCGAGUUUAUGAAUGAUUCCCAAAAAACAUUGCUACCAGUUGUCCAAAAGCCUGAUGGGAAGAAAAAUUGGAUGAUUAUAUAUGGCAGCACGGAAUCUCUUGAAAGCUACUGUUCCCUUCUCUUGUUGUCUAGAGAUAACAUAUUUUAAUGUGGUUGAUGGCAAGGGAUAUUCUUCUCUAUAUGAACCACGACCAAGCAUUAAGGGUCAAUACGAGGAUUCAUUAGGAAAGAUUCUUUUGGUCAAUUUUCGUGGCUGCCCAACCACUUACUCGAUGGUGGCGACAGGCUACUUUUCAUGGACGAGGUGGAGAUGUCAUGUCCAUUGCUACCCAGCAUGUGAAACUUAAGCAUUGGAAGCAUUGAAAUAUUCCCAUUUCCCUUGACAUCUUGUCCAUGACCAACAAAGUGAAUAUGGAAGUUGAAGAUGAUGAGGAUGAUGAUGAUGUGGACUUCAAUCCCACCUGGAGAGGGGAAUCCCUGUCAGAAGCCUCAUCUGGCUUGAGUUCGGACAAUGAAGCUACUGGCGAUGAUAUUGGUGAAGUUUUUUCGAGCUCAUUAAAGCACCAAGGUGAUGGUGUGUCACCGAGAAAAUCUGUGAUUACUUGCCGCAAUCUAGAUUCAGGAACUGAAGAUGAGGAGAUUGUUAUGCAAAAUAGACUGACAGCUGAAGAUGUUACUGGAAAGGAUGUUGUUCUAGAAAAGCCUGAGGUGGAAGGACUAAAUAGGUUCAAUUGGCAGGAAGAGGAAUCAGCUCAUCCUGAAGGAAGCUAUAAAAAAGCUGCAUCUGGGGAUGAAAGCGAAGCUGCUGAAGAGCUUACCAAAGAAGAGUUGCCUGGCCAGGCUACAAGCUCUUCAUACUCAAUAUGUUUAAGGGAGCAAGCUGUCGAGAUAGAUGAUGAGGAUGCAAUCUGCAAGCGGACCAGAGCUCGCCAUUCUCUUGCAAAUUAUACCCUCGAAGAGUUGGAAGCUUUUCUUCAGGAAUCUGAUGAUGAUGAUGACUUGCAAAAUGUUGAUGAUGAAGAAGAGUAUCGCAAGUUUCUUGCUGCUGUGUUGCUGGGAGGAGAUGGUAAUGGACAGGCAGGACAAGAUGACGAAAUUUUGGAUGAAGAUGAGGAAAAUGAUGCUGACUUUGCAAUUGAAAUUGAGGAAGCAUUAGAAAGUGACAUUGAUGAAAGUUUUGAUGAUGACAAGAGGCGAAGUGAUAAAAAUGAGGAAGAUGUUCAUAGACCAGAAACUAGACAAAAGAAACGCCUAAGGGAGUCUGCUGAAAAGAAGAAAUGUUUUUUGGGGCUUGACAAGAUGCCACUGCGUCCUAUACUGCCUUAUGUCUCAAAUGCUCAAAUAGCUCCUGUUCCUGCUCUUGGAUUGCGAUUUCAUUCUCCUGAAAGCUUUUCUCAUUGCCCAUUUGCUUUCUCUGGGGCUGAUUUAACCCAUGGUUUUACGUAUCAGCAGUUAGGCCAGCUGUACUGUCUGAUACAUGAACAUGUUCAACUCCUUAUACAGGUCUUUUCUGUUAGUGUUCUUGAUUCAUCCCGACAGCAAGUUGCUAUGGAAGUUCAAGAGUUGAUCAUGGAGAUGGUUGCUAGACAUGAAGAAGGGUUGGCCAGGAGAAAAGCUCCUUAUGACAUGUCCUGUUUUCAGGCUCCAAAUAUCCAUGCAUCAUUGCAGAUUGAUUCUAGUGAGAGUUCUGAAUUUUCUCAUUGGACACCUUCAAUAGAUGGCCCCAUAUUUUCCAUCCUUGAUGUUGUGCCACUUCAGUUGGCUAAGAGUUAUAUGGCAGAUGUUUCGGCUACGGUUUUAAGGUAUAGACAAAGUCACUUGGAUGAUCCAGUUGACAAGAGUCACUUGAAAAGGGAACCUCUUUUUCCGUUUCCUAUGCUCACAUCUCAGAUGGGAACAGAUCAAAUUUUGUAUGGUGAGCCGAAUGGCAUUCCCUCAAAAACAGCAUUGCCACCUCCGCCUGGUCAAUUACCACCCAAAAAGUCACUGGCUGCUACACUAGUGGAAAAUACCAAGAAGCAAACUGUUGCUCUUGUGCCAAUGGAAAUUGCCAAGCUAGCAAAGAGGUUUUAUCCUCUAUUUAAUUUAGCAUUAUUCCCUCACAAACCUCCGGUACCGGCUGUUGCUAAUCGUGUGCUCUUCACUGAUGCAGAAGAUGAAUUAUUAGCAAUGGGACUGAUGAAAUACAACAAUGACUGGGGAGCCAUACAAAAGCACUUUCUUCCUUGUAAAACGAAGCAUCAGAUAUUUGUUAGGCAAAAGAAUCGUAGCUCUUCCAAGGCACCUGCAAAUCCAAUAAAGGCUGUGCGACGGAUGAAAACUUCUCCAUUGACAGCAGAUGAGAAGGCACGGAUCUAUGAGGGCCUCAAGCUUUUUAAACAGGACUGGUUAUCAGUUUGGAAGUAUUUUGUUCGACACAGAGAUCCCUCCUUGCUACCACGGCAGUGGCGAAUUGCUACUGGAACACAGAAAUCUUACAGAAAGAGUGAAGCCAUAAAGGAGAAGAGGAGAUUAUAUGAAGCAAAACGAAGAAGACUGAAGGCUUCAAUGGUUGAUGGGCACCCAUUAUCUGAGAAGGAGGUUGAUAAUGAAGAGGAUAAUAGUGGAGAGGACAUGGACAAUGAAAAUGAAGCUUAUGUUCAUGAAGCAUUCCUUGCAGACACUGAAACAGGGAGCUCCAAUAACUUAUCCUAUGAGAUUUCUCUUUCAGGCAUUGGUAGGAGCAAUGUACAGUUUACCAACAUGAUUAUCUAUCAUGGUACCAACACUACUGAAAAGUUUGCUUCCAGCUCAGAAUGCUUUCAAGUGCAGAAGGACAGAGCAGUGCAUGAAAUUAACAAUUCCUUAAAGCCCAUGAAAAGUAUGCAUCCUUUAUCUCACUGUUCUGACCCCAGAUAUACUUCAUCUUACACUUCACAGUUGAAUCAUCUUUCUUCCAUUUCCAAUUUCGGGAGACCUGGAAGUCAUUUAGGGUCAUUACCCUGCCCAACACGUAAAUGUAAAGGUGCACGAGUGGUCAAGUUGGCACCUGGCUUGCCUCCUAUAAACCUUCCCCCUUCUGUUCGUGUCAUAUCUCAGUCAGCUCUCCAAAAUCAUCCCAGUGGAUCAGCACAUGCUUACACAAGUAAGAAUGGAGUUAGAAAUCCAUCCAAGUCUUCUGGAGUAGCAAAGGGAGAAAGUACUGUAACAAAUCCUGGCGAAAAUUUAAUCAUGCCAUCAGAUAAUGGUCCAGAAGCUAGUCACCGGCAAGUUGGUGGAGCUACUUCAGAUCAGCAUGUGGCAGAAGAAAAUGCUUCACAAUCAGAUCUCCAGAUGCACCCAUUGCUGUUCCAUGCCUCUGAAGAUCAACUUUCAUCAUAUUAUUCUAUGAACACACAUCCUGCUGCUUCUGGUACUUGUCACCUGGGGGCUCAACUUCAAAAAGAUUCCAUUUUUUCCAAAUCUCAACAUUGUUUUACUAUGAAAGACAGGAUCAGUGGAAGUCGAAAUUCAAUAGAUGCACCAUUAGAUUUGUUUUCAGUUGACUUCCAUCCACUUCUGCGAAGAACCAACAAUGCAACUGCUGAUCUUGGUAUGGUGUCUUCAGUUGAUCCUGGUGUUUUUGCAGCAUCAAGUCAUCAUAAUAAGUUGUCCUGUGAUUCUAAUCCAGUCUCAAGAGAAAAUCUGGUUGGUAAUAGCCAAAUUCCAGCUGGUGGAGCACCCCUUUGCCAUCAUGAGAAGGAAAAUGAACUUGAUUUGGACAUACACUUGUAUUCGGUGAAAGAAAAUGAAAAGACAAGACAAGCUGGAGAUUCAAGUAUGCAUCAGUUCAACAAGUCGGGCAGUCCAAGGUUUCAGCCAACCAUGGAUAAAGGCAUAGAUGCUGAUAUGUCAUUUCAACAUAAUGCAAAUUGUUCUGAAUCUGCAGCUUCACGUACAAGAGGAUGCUGUGAAAAGGAUGUCAAUUCCUUGCAAGUUGUGCAGAUGCCCAAUGAUUGUCUAAGCCAGUGCACAAAAGAUUAUGAUGAAUCUGAUCUAGAUAUCAUAAUGGAACAAGAAGAAUUGAGUGACUCUGAUGACGAAAGUGCAAAUGUGGAGUUUGAAUGUGAGGAGAUUGAUGACUCGGAAGAUGAUGAAUCAGAAUAUGGACAAUCAACAGAAGCUCUAAUUAAGGAGGUUCCCACUGCUGCCAUAGUGAGGAAAAGUAAUCAAGAUAGUUGCAACUUCAAUCAUUCACGUCGAUCAACGCCAAUCAGACAAGGGUCAGUUGAGGAGGAGAUAAACCAAUCUAGCCUAGGGCAGUCAUGCCAAAAUCCGUGCCAUACUUUGCGGCUAAAACCCAAACAUGAAGAUGCAAAAAGGGACAUCUCUUCUAAAAGUUCUCAAGAGGUAGUUCACUCUCUUCCUGGACAAUUUGGCAAAGCUAGAAAUCCAAGGAGUUUGAAAGUGCAGCCACUGGGAGCAACACCACAUGCCAUUAGUCCUGAUAAUGAAUGCACCAAGAUUGUUGCUCCAAGAAAACCUAGAAAGCGUUGUGUAAAUAGUUCUCUGUGAUCCCCAUUAUGUGUCAUUUUCCUCACACCACAACAGUUCUCUGUGUAUUACUUGUCAUUUUCCUUGCUGCUCAGACACUCCGUGACAUGGUAAUCAUGUGAUGGUUCUGUCUCUGUUUGCCUAGUCGGAAGCUUCCACUCUGAAUGAGACUGAAGUAGGAUUGCUGGGUUAGCAUUAACCAGAAUCGAAUAGUUGGUUGACUCGGCAUCUUCACCUGAUAAGUAAUAUCAUUGCCGUAAUAGAUCAUAUAUGUCAAGGCUGGCAUUUUUUUCUUGUCGAUGUUCUAUGAUCAUCGGUAGGUUGACAUCUGCUGGCCUUACCUGCCAGAAUGUUGUGGAACUCACUUUCUCUGUAAGUAUGACAAAGGAAAAAAAAUUAUGAUUAUUCUAUUUCAACAAAUCGGAAGAUUUUUCUUUCA